GCCGCCAAAGCGUAUAACACUACAAAUUCCAUAUUUACAUGACACCUUAAGGGCAUGAAUGUGUCAAGCUUAUCAACAGAAAAGUGACGUUAUAAUAAAAAAUUAUUGGGAGUCACUCUAGUCUAGAUCUUUCAGCUUUCAUGGAUUAUAGACCCAUAAACCCUGACGAAGUGUAUGUAUGGACUGUCACCCACCCAAUCUGGAUUAAGGGUCUAGUGGAACUAGGAGCCUAAAAACCCAUGACACGCCAACAACGAAGAGAAAUUGGGUGCAACAGAAAUCACAUUGGUACAUUGUCAGGGAAAAUUAUAGAAAGCGAGUGACAGAAUGGUUCUUCCCUAUGGAAUGUUUUCUAGCGUUUUUGGAUAGACCCAGCAACAACGUGGUUGUUGCUAGAUCCAAUGGCAACCCCCUCCCUACAUCAGUCUAAACAAGAGUAUUAAUCACCUUCAUUAUUUGUGGGUGAUCAUUCUGAUUGCAUAGCACAAUCUUAUCAUCAUUUUUUAUUCCCUUUUUCUCCCCUCUUCAACAAAACAAAAAGACACCAAAGAGUUGAGAAACUGCAUAAUCUGUCGCAACGAUGAGUUCUUACGGGGGACGAAGACAAGGUUCGAAAGGGAUGAAAAGCGAACGUGGAGCUUCCGACGAAGUCGACUGAACUCUCAUGAGACAUAUGUAGACCCCACAAUGUGAGGAUUGAUCGAGAGACGCUUUUCUUCUUUACCACAGAAAUGUCAGAUUUUAACGGGCAUGACCACUGACUCUUACGAAAGUCGGUCAUCACAACAGGAAGUUUCAAAGCUGAAAGAGAUUUCCAUCAUGUUCUCAUGCUAGCUCUCUGUGUCUGUGGUCGGAUGUACUCAUGACACAAGCUAUGAAAGAAACGCCUGCCGUGUAAAAGUCAGUCUAAACAAAUCAUACACAUGCAUGCUUACAACCGUCGUGGAUCAACAACCUUGCGCUGCACACCGAAAGAAAGAGUCUUCUACAAAUGGAGCAGUCGUCUCCGGUCCAGAAAAUCGUGUACAGUACAGCUUGGACCUGCCAAUAAUAACACAAGGAGACAGUUGACCGGAAGGAAGUCCUCGAGUUCUCGUCGCCCACGUGAGCUGGCAAGCUCAACAGUGAGCGAGCAGAAGCCAGUUGCUGGUCCUCACUUCGAUGUCCGCAAAGUCUGUUCCCGGAGAAUGGCUACGAAAGAAAACUCGAGCACCUCGUUCUCCGAUCGAAUUCGUCCAUGCCCAUUGCCGUACUACUUUAUCCUGAUGAGAGUGAGUGAGGGAGUGAGGGAGUGAGUGGAAAUGGCGUGUCGAGUUCCGAGAAGGAAACCGAAGACGAAGGAGCCUGAAGACAAAAGUCGAACUCAAGUUGUCGAGCAGCAGCAGCAUCUCUAAAAUUGCCUUGCUUAUCUUGUUUGCUUUUGCUGCACAUCUUUCUGAGAACGUUCAUCGCGUUUACUCGCUGGCUCAGAUAUUUCACCGUGCCUCCCACACUCUAUCUCAGCAUCAUCACCCACUUCCGAGUCGGUCUGAUAUUAUUACAGGACUGAAAAGAGAGUGGUACAGUCAGUCCUUUACAGACCCCAAGCUCGCCCCAGGCUAAUUGGACCAAACUCAGUCACAAUUUGCCCUUGUCAGUCAAAUUUGCAUCCGUUGAUCGUCGGUGCGAACUACUGACUCCCUUCCGAAAGCACAGUUGUUGAAUAGCACUGUAGUUGAGAAAUGCGAAAUUUCCAACCGCUGCGUUCUGUCAGCUUUUCCUUCUCGUGGAUCCGGACAAGCCUAGCAAGUUGGACAAGAUCAUGUUCAUUCCGGUCUUUUCCCAGCAUCUAUCUGACCUUAAAUUCAACGCCUGGUCCUCCUCCUCCUCCUCCUCACCCAGGGUCUGCUCGUGGGUUUCUUCUAGACCCGAUGAGCGGAGAAGAUCGCCGUCGUUUGCACCCCCUUUCCUUUUCCAAACUUGUCUUUCUUCUAUAAAUGACUCACUGCGUA